ACACGUGGCCGCCCUGGUUGCCUUCAGCAGGAAGAAUCGCCACAGUGUGUUUACUGUCACUGUCAUCAGCAUCAGAAACAGGUUUUUUUAAUUAAAUGUGGCAGAAAUCAACCCGUAAAUCAGCGCAGUCCGUCUUCAGAGUGUCACGUGAGACUGAUAAAGGGGAAGCUAACCGGACAGCUAACCGCUAACGUUAGCCCGCUGCUCGGUGCCGGCAGUGCCCGUCUGAGUGAAUCGCUGCAUGGGGGAGUGACUGUUGGCCAUGAUGAGCGCGGAGCCGGACGCCCUGGCCGUGGUCAACCAGCUGCGGGACCUGGCCGCCGACCCCAUGAACCGCCGGGCCAUCGUACAGGACCAGGGCUGCCUGCCGGGACUCAUCCUGUUCCUGGACAACCCCAACCCUCAGGUCGUCUACUCCGCCCUGCUGGCGAUCCGGUACCUGGCAGAAUGCCGAGCCAACCGGGAGAAGCUGAAGGGGGAGCUGGGGAUGAUGCUGAGCCUGCAGAACGUCAUGCAGAAGUCGACGACUCCUGGGGAGACGAAGCUGCUGGCGUCUGAGAUCUACGAGCUGCUGCAGGCGUUCGGCAGCGACAGCGCCGGGCCGGCCGAGACGUCCGUCAGUAGCCGGCGGAAAGCCCAGUUCUUCCUGGGCUCCAGCAACAAGAGGGCCAAGACCGUCAUCCUGCACAUCCAGGGGCUGGACGAUUCGAGCCGGAGGAGUCUGUGUGAAGACGCUCUGCUGAAGAUCCGAGGAGUGAUCAGCUUCACCUUCCAGAUGACCGUCAAGAGAUGCAUCGUCCGGAUCCGAUCGGACCUGAAGGCUGAGGCUCUGGCGUCUGCGAUCGCGUCCACUCACGUGAUGACGGCGCAGCAGGUGGUGAAAGGAGAGAACGGAGACGAGGUAUUGAUCCCGCUGGCGGUGGACGGUUCGGAGACAGUGGAGCAGAACGCGGCGCUGCCAGACUACCUGCCGGAGGAAGAGAGUCCGUCUCUGGAGCCCGACAAGGCGGUGACCCGCGUGGGAUCGGGCCAGGACGGGAGCAGCUGGCUGGGCACUGCCACCAACUUCCUGUCUCGCUCUUUUUACUGGUGACUCGCUUAAACCCUAACCCGCCUCGUCUCAGAACCAAAACCUGCCCGGCUGCCAAAUCUAACCGCUGUCUGUUACACACACUCAAACGUGGAGCUACAAGACAAGAACUCUUCUGUUCUUACAGCUGCACUUUUGAAUAUGUUCCCUUAAGAGUACAGUAUUGUUUUUUAAGAGGCCAGAACUGGACCUUUUGACUAAUUUGAGGGUACUAAAUAAAAGAGAAGGGGACACGGUUGUCUCUCAAAAGGAAACCUGUCCUGCGACAAACAUUUGUCCCAUUUAGGAAAUCAACGUUACUUCUGGAGACAAGAAACCUGAGACCCAUCUUCUUGGAACCGUGAGAGCGAAAGCAGGAUGAUGGAAACCUGACGCUGUUCCCGGAGCCUUUCUGCAAACAGGUCCGUCAAGACACCAUGUGAGUUGUGCACGUGCAGAACGGCCGCCAUCUUCGACAGCUACCUACGGCAACACCACAAA